CGGACCAGAUACCCAUGUUAACGGAAAACACACAAGUGACCACCUGUGCUAAUUAGCUAGCUAGCAUACCUGUGUGUAAGCGUAACUGGGUAGGAAGUGUUCGGACGUUUAGUUUGUAAGCACACAGCCAUAUGGAUCUGUGCAAACAUGCUACAGAAUCCUUCGUAGUAGCAGUGUGGAAGCUGUUCGCGCUGUCGCCCAGCUCGCUUGGUCGCCGCCAUCAGUGCCGAGCGCGACGAAGAGUUUACGCACGGCAAUCGCGAUUCCCCGCUCUCCAGGUUAAGUGGUUUAUCAACACCUGGGUGGAUUUAUGGCUUGAAGAAGUGAACAAGAAAAAUGUAUAACAUAAGAUAUCUACAGUCCCUGUCAGAGAAAAGCCACGAGGUUUGGUUGGUCGUCCAGCUAUAAUUUGGAGAAGCUUUUGUUAUAUGCUUUAAGUAGCAUCUGGCGUUCCUCUCUUGACUGGAAACAAUUGCCCUCUCUGAAGAAUUGUCCGUGGAGUACUACAGGUGCCACUUGAGGCAUGUGUCUUUCGCCAAAACACGCUCACUGCUGGCUAAACGCUCAUUGGUCUAUUUCACAUUAGGCCAUACCUAUUUUUCCAGGCGAGGAAGCGCACAUACGUUUUUACAAAAAAGUUUCGGUGAGUGCAGGAACUACCGUAAAUUACAUUUAAAUAAAAACAUGUUUCUCACUAUAGUUUAAGUUUUAAUUAUGCUACUUAUUUAGUCUACUAAACUCAACGCGUACAAGAUAUCCUACGCCUGUGUUAACCUCAGAACUUAUUUUCGGCGUUUAUCCCAAAUUCCCUAUUCUUUCCCCAUAGGGAUGGCUGAACGAACCAGAGGCUCUGAGCCACCCUUGUCUCCACAGGUGGUGGAAGAGGGAGGAGAGGAAGAGGAGGAGGAGCUGAGUGGAGGAGAGGAGUCUGAUCUAAGGACCCCUUCAGGGCGUGGCUCCCUGCUGACUAGGCGAGGCAUCACCUUGAGAGUGCUGCUGAAGGACAGCCUGGUUGAGCCUGGGGACGGAGUGCUGUCCAUACACUACCUGGGUAAGAAGUUUGUAGGCGACCUGUUGAAUGAUGGGAAGAUCCGCUGGGUGGAGACGGGGCAGAUCUUCAAUUCUCCCAGUGCCUGGGCCACACACUGCAAGCGCCUGGUCAACCCUGCCAAGAAGUCAGGCUGUGGAUGGGCCUCGGUGCGCUACCGGGGCCAGAAACUAGUGCAGUACAAGACCAGCUGGCUGCACAAGUACCAGCCCAGUGCAGACAUGAGCCUGGUGAGCGAGGGAGAAGAUGACGAGAUGGGAGAUGAGGAGGAGGAAGAGGGGAAGACGGCAGUGCCGACAGAUGACAAGAACAGGAAGAACAAACCUGAGCUGCAUGAUAUCAGCCUUGUGCCCAGGAGAGGAGACAGAGAGCGAAUCCCAGUCAGAUACUGCACUCUGGGUACCAGGGAUGCUGCAAGGGAUCCACACACGUUGGUGGAGUUAUCAGCUUUCUCAGCCAUUAACAGGUUCCAGCCUUUCAAUGUUGCUGUAUCCAGCAAUGUGCUGCUUCUCAUGGAUUUCCACUGUCACCUGACCACCAGUGAGGUGGUGGGCUACCUCGGAGGACGAUGGGACACUAACACACAACUUCUGACAGUUUUAAGAGCGUUUCCCUGUCGUACACGAUUGGCAGACAGAGAUUCGGCCUCUGCUGUUGAAGAAGAGAUCUGCCAGAAUCUGUUCAUGCGAGGGCUGUCAUUGGUGGGCUGGUACCACAGUCACCCUCGGGGCCCCGCCCUGCCAUCCCUGCAGGACAUCGACUCUCAGAUGGACCACCAGCUGAGGCUCCAGGGGAGCAGCAAUGGCUUCCAGCCCUGCCUGGGCAUUAUCUGUGGCCCCUAUUACCAUGGGAACCAGGGUGUGGCGUCCACUAUAACACCGUUCUGGGUAGUGCCACCCCCGGAGCAAAGGCCCAAUGACUAUGGCAUUCCAGUGGCUGUGGAGGUGACCUAUGUACAAGAUAACUUCCUAACUAGUGAUGUCCUGAAUGAGAUGAUGCUGCUGGUGGACUUCUACAGGGCAGCCCCUGACCUGGUGCAGUUCCAUCAGUUCUGGUGUCCUGAUACCACCAUGAUGGACAAAAUCAAGGGCUCUCUGAGCGGCCAUGCACCCAAAGACCAGGCCUAUUCUCAGAUCCUGGAGCAUGUCUACAACCAACUCAUCAACACACACUAAGCUGAAGGAGAAACACGGUUAUGUGUAUGCACUGGCUUCAAAUGAAAAUCUCAAAUAACCCAUUCCUCAUAUAGUUCACUACAUUUGUAGGUCUCUAUAUAGGGAAUAGGCUCUACACAGAGAAUAGGUUGUCAUUUCUGCCCUUUGUCUGUGGCACUUCAACUGCUGCCCUGACCUCAGGCAUACUGUAAGUUGGAUGUGCACUGUCCUGACGGAGGAGAUGGUGACUCCUGAGUCUGGAGGGCGAGUGUACUGUUCUCAAUGGCCUUUUCUAACUGUGAGGUCUGUAUCACUGACAAUGUUUGUACAGUAUGACAUGUGCGUGCUGUGAAUGUGUCCCCUAGCGUCUGCUGCCAGUGCUUGACGUCAGACUGUUACAGAAGUUGACAUGGAAAUAAGGAUCUUCCUCUUCUCUAUUACCUGUGGUGUAUUUAUCUAAACUGUGGUCUGUGACAUGUUAGUACUAAUAUGUGAACAAUCCUUUGAACCCGCUGAAUACCUAAUACAUUAAAAACACACACUGGAACUA